AUGUCUUCUGAGCCAAAGCCAAAAAAAGUGCGAAAUAUUGCAACAAAGUUGCAAAGCUGCAUUGAGAUAUGUGCCUCAUCCCUCGACCAAGUGUUCAAAACAACAAACUGGGAUGAUGCUACAGCUGCCUGGGAUGUAGUCCUCAUCCUUCUAGCUGCUGAGUGCAAGGUUGAGAAGGUAAUAUUCUUGUCUUCAGUGCACCUGAUCAAGCCUAAUGCAGGACUGUAUGAACAGCAGCAGAUCGAUGAUGUCAUUCGCAAUGGGCCAGAGAAACUCAAGGGUGUCAAGACAUUUCAAUAUCUAUGUGUUGCUCAGAAGCAUUGGGUGGUAAGGCCUAUUACUCUGGAGAAUCACACUGUUGCAUUGCAUUCUACCCCACUAGGUGCAGGAUUUGGACCUGAAGCGGUCCAUUAUGUUGAAUUUGAUCCAGCUUUGGAUUACAAAUUCCCUCACAUCAAAAAGAAACCUGCUACAUGGCUUGUUGAUGAAUCAGAAGGCAUGCCACCACACCCAGAUCCAGCAAGGUUCCCCAAUGUUACAUAUAUUGGGAAAAAGGAAGAAGGGUGGAAAAUAUUAGACAGGGAGCAUUCACAUCUUGUCCUGAACAAGUGCACUGGAGAUAUAGAGCUUCUUGUGCUGCACAAUGCAACAAACUUGUCACCAACUGGCAAGGCAUUGUUGGAACGUCUUCAGCAAAUCAAUAAUGAGCAUGCUCUUGAGCGCCGCAAUUUGCAUCCCUCUCAUCAUGGGAAGAUAUAUGCAUUUGGAAUCAGUGCUGGAGCUCGACACAAGCAUUCUCCUGAUACUAUUGAAUUGGGUCAUACAAAGUUCCACAAUAGGUAUACCAAGAGUGAGCUUAGAAAAAGUGAUGGGGAGCUUUUGGGAGCUGCUGCAGUGACUUGGGCAUUGUUAGCAGCCAACCUUCCUAUUGAGAUCACAAAUGAACUUGCAUGUGGGAUUACAAGCCUGGGCAUCCCAGCAUUUUUUUCACCUACUAUUGAUGGCAGUGACAAGGGCUACUCAUUUGAAUUCAAUGGCAAAGUUUACAACUUCCCUGCUGUUGAGCGCCCACCACCUGAAGUAUAUUAUGCAUCUGUCAUAUCCAUCCCUGGCCAUCGACUUCCGUUCUCUCCGAUCCCUCCAGUCUACCUCCACUCCUUCCUCACUAACCUCGGAGCUCCCGUAUUCCGCAAUCCUCUCAGUACCCCUCGAUGGUCACCACCCCCUCCUUUCAAUUUAUUACCAAUGCCUCCCUAA